AUGCCUGGAAUCCUGGGCCCUGGAGAUUCUUGGCGGGCUGGCGGGCUGGCCUCGAGCGAUCCCCACCGAGCCCGCGCUGGACCGUGCGCCCUCCUUUGCAAUUUCUCCCACAGAAAUUUACAAUCCAUCAAUUUGGAAAGGGAAAUCUACUGCCACGACGAAAUUCUGAUUCUCACCAAUUACCCCGUCGACCAGCCAGACAACACCGCCAAGAUGCCUAGAGAAAUCGGAGAUAUCAAGCAGUUCAUCGAGAUCUGCCGCCGCAAGGAUGCCAGCUCUGCGCGCAUAAAGAAGAACAAGGCCACCAAGCUGUCCAAGUUCAAGGUCCGAUGCAGCACCCACCUGUACACCCUCGUCGUCAAGGACUCCGACAAGGCCGAGAAGCUCAAGCAGAGCCUGCCCCCUAGUACGGCCUCCCUUCACCCAGCAUGGCGAUGGGCCAUGCCCGCUGCAAUCUCCCCUCGAGCUAACCAUUUGGCUUUUACAGACUUGCAGAUCAAGGAGGUUGGCAAGAGCAACAAGAAGGGCAAGCACAACGCAUAA